GUUUGAACAACACUUUGAAAAAAAAAAAAAAAAACGAGGAAAAACCAACUGUACACACACACACACACAUUGUAGAGAUUGACAUCUUAAUUCCCAAAUAUAGAGAUUCUUAAUUCAGACAAGAAAUCUUCCCAUAAGAGGAGUUCCAAUAACUGAUGAAAACUGGUCAAAACUAAGUCACCUAUUGAUGAUGGAUCUUCAAUGUUCAUGGUUCUUUGAUUUCUUUCCCUCCAUAACACCAAUCCGAAAAUGUGUAUAAAUAAAAGCUUACCCGGAAGCUUGAACUCCACCAACAAACAAGUUUAAGCCCAGAUCACUUCACUGAUCAUGGAGAACUCAAAGCCCCAAAUGAAUCCAGCUAAAAGGCUCCAAGAAAUUUACGCUGAGCUUUUCCGUCCAAAACCGACGAUCACCAAGCCCAAACCCAAACCGAAACGAAAACUUAAUAAGCAAAAUGUUGUGGGUCCCAUGAGGGCUGAGGAACAACUUCCUCCUCCUCCUCCUCCGGCUCAUUUGCCGGUUGAUUCCGAUCAACCGGCACCCAUUUCUGUUGCUGCGCCACCGGUUGUUCCUCCGGUUCCGGACCAACCGGCAGGGCCCAUGUUUGUUGCUGCCCCGCCGGUUGUUGUCAAUCCGGUUUACGACCAACCGCGUUCCAUUUUUGAUGUUGCACCGCCGGUGGUUCUUCCUCCUCAUGCGGGUCAACCAUGGGGCGGUUUGGAUGUUGGGCCGCCGCCGGUUGUUGUUCAGGAUCAGCUGUGGGAUGUUGGGCCGCCGGUUUUUCAAGAUCAACAGUGGCCUGUUUUGCCGGUGAUUCCUCCUGCCGGAGAUCAGGGAUGUCCCGGCGGCAUUGAUGAUGAUGAAGAAUGGAACUCCUUCUUGAACUCCGUUUCGUUGCCGGAGUUUAGUUUUGAUGAGAAAAUGGAUCCCUUCAACGAAGUGGAGAUGUGUGCUGAUGAUGAUGUUGUUUCUCAGUACCUCCUGGAUGCCCCGUGGGAUGAAAAAAUAAACUUUAAAGAAAAAUAAAAUAAAAUGUAGCCAAAAAAAUGCCACAA